GAGUCUCGGAGUCCACUGUUCGAAGGUUCGCUCACUCACACUGGACUCAUGGGAACCAGAAUUAUUAAAGUUGAUGUGUGAGCUUGGAAACAGUGUCAUCAACCACAUCUAUGAAGGCUCAUACCAAGAACAAGGUCUAAAGAAACCGUUACCGUCCAGUUCAAGGCAGGAGAAGGAGGCCUGGAUUAAAGCAAAGUACGUAGAGAAAAAAUUCCUGAAGAAGCUGGGCUCCACAGAGAUCCUCAUCAACGGAGAGAGGAAGUCGGAGCGGCGGUGGAGCGUGAAGAAGUGUCGGAGACACAACAGCGCCACCACGGUUCCAAAAACACGGCGAAGAUACCGACAAGAUCCCGGCAGCAUCUCCCCGUCCACCCUGUCCUCAGCAGCUGCUAAGUUCAGACGAGACUCGCUGUUCUGUCCCGACGAGCUGGACUCGCUCUUCUCCUACUUUGACACGGGAUCGGGGCCUCGAA